AUGAAGAAGGCAGAUAAGGAAUAUGUGGAUGAAAAAGAUAAUGAAAUUAUAGAAAGGGCUGAAUGGUAUCAUGAAUGGACAUCGAAGAUUUUAAAAACUAAAGCUGAUACAGGAUGGGUUUCAGGAUGUUUAGACCUUAAAGCAGAUAAAACUUAUGUUAACGAUGAGUUAGAGAAGAAAGCAAAUAAGACUCAUACACAUACAAGUUUUACAACUGUUGCUAUAGAAAGUAUUGAAGGAACGGUUGAAGAAACUGGUGGGGAUGCAUUAUAUUGUAAACCUCCUAACUUUCCACAAGGUUUAACAUCGGAUGACGACAUAACGACGAUGAGAAACAUUAGAUGUAAAGAUGUUUAUGUCAUGAAGGAUGAACAUAAUAUUAAAUUCACUGCUCAAGAUUUAUAUGACAAGAAAGCAGACAAAAAAGAGCUUCAAACAUUAAAGACAGAAAUGCUUCAAACAUUAUAUCCUAUAGGCUCUAUUUAUACGUCAAUGAACUCUACCAGACCAGAAGUAGUACUUGGUUUUGGAACUUGGACUCAAAUAGUCGACAGGUUUUUGUAUUGUGCAAACUCUUCAAAGGAAACAGGUGGAAGUAAAACGAUUUCAGGUGAAAAUUUACCUGCACACAGUCACUACAUAGAUUUAAGUACAUCUCAAGCAGGUUGGCAUAAGCAUAGAUAUUGGGAUUGGUCAGCAAUGAUAAAAGGUAAAGGAUAUGAUGUUAAAGACAACGUUAAGUUUGCUAUAAAUUGUUACUGGAGUAACACUGAGGGAGGAGGAAACCAUACACAUCACGUUUCAGGAUAUACGCAAACAACGGGACAAAGUAAAGAAUACAUGCCACCUUACAUGACAGUUUACGCAUGGUAUAGAAAUGCUUAG